UUAAUUUAGGAGGUCCACCGCAUCAGCCACCAACCCUGCCCAUCUUCAACCUCUUAUACUUGUUUUAAUUUUUCACGAACUCUUUCUUUAUAUCUUUUUCCUACAUUUUCUCUCUUCUCUUUGAUAAUUAUCAGAUAAUUUCCCAAUUUUCGCAAAUUAGGGUUUCGUUGAAUUGAAGAUCCAACAAUGGAGGAUUUAGAAGGUGGUGUUGAUUAUCUUGCUGAUGAAAGGAAGAAGGCUCAAUUUGAUGUUAAUGCAAUGAAGAUCCUAUGGGCUGGUAAUCAACAUCGAUUUCAAAUUGCUGAUCGUAUGGCUCGUCUUGUUGCUAGUGAUCCUGAAUUUAAGAAGGAUGAUAGAGUUAGGCUAGAAAGGAAGGAGCUAUUUAAGAACACACUAAGAAAAGCGAAUCAUGCUUGGAAGAGAAUCAUUGAACUAAAAUUGACUGAAGAGGAAGCUAGUCAAUUAAGGUUCUUUGUUGAUGAGCCUGCUUAUACAGAUCUUCAUUGGGGUAUGUUUGUUCCUGCUAUCAAAGGACAAGGCACAGAGGAGCAGCAGCGCAAGUGGCUCCCAUUGGCUUAUAGGAUGCAAAUUAUAGGGUGUUAUGCUCAAACUGAACUUGGUCAUGGCUCCAAUGUUCAAGGGCUUGAAACCACUGCCACAUUUGAUCCUGAGACGGAUGAAUUUGUGAUACAUAGUCCAACGUUGACAUCUAGCAAAUGGUGGCCUGGUGGCUUGGGAAAAAUUUCCACACAUGCAGUUGUUUAUGCUCGCUUAAUGACAGAUGGGAAGGAACAUGGGGUUCACGGUUUCAUUGUACAACUGCGAAGCUUGGAGGAUCACUUGCCUUUGCCCGGUAUCACUGUUGGUGAUAUUGGGAUGAAAUUUGGAAAUGGAGCUUAUAACACAAUGGACAAUGGAGUCUUGCGAUUUGACAAAGUGCGCAUUCCUAGAGAUCAAAUGCUCAUGCGUGUAUUGCAGGUGACAAGGGAAGGAGAUGUUGUGAAGUCUGAUGUCCCUCGGCAGCUAAUUUAUGGUACCAUGGUUUACGUUCGGCAAACAAUUGUGUAUGAUGCUUCACGGGCUCUAUCAAAAGCAGUUUGUAUUGCCACAAGGUAUAGUGCUGUUCGUCGACAGUUUGGUUCUGAGAAUGGACGUGAGACUCAGGUUAUUGAUUACAAAACCCAGCAGAGUAGGCUCUUUCCGUUGCUGGCUACAGCUUAUGCUUUUAGAAUUGUCGGAGACUGGCUGAAGUGGCUCUACAACGACGUGACUGAGAGAUUGCAAGCCAAUGAUUUCUCUACACUGCCUGAGGCCCAUGCUUGCACUGCAGGAUUGAAGUCCUUGACAACAUCAGUAACUGCUGAUGCUAUUGAAGAAUGCCGAAAACUAUGUGGAGGGCAUGGCUAUCUCUGUAGCAGUGGGCUCCCUGAGUUAUUUGCUGUCUAUGUUCCUGCUUGUACUUAUGAAGGUGACAAUGUUGUUUUGCUUUUGCAGGUUGCUCGUAUUCUCAUGAAGACUGUAUCUCAACUGGGAUCUGGUAAACUGCCUGUUGGAACAAUGGAAUACAUGGGGAGGGCAGAACAUCUGUUGCAAUCCCAGUGUAGUGCUCAGAAAGCUGAAGAUUGGUUGAACCCUGAUGUAGUACUAGAGGCUUUUGAAGCACGAUCAGUUAGAAUGUCUGUUGCUUGUGCUAAAAAUUUAAGCCAAUAUUCAAACCCAGAAGAAGGCUUUCUAGAACUCUCAGCUGAUCUUGUGGGAGCUUCUGUGGCUCACUGCCAGCUUAUAGUGGUUUCAAAGUUCAUUGAGAAAUUGAAGCAAGACAUAACUGGGGAAGGAGUGAAAGAACAGUUGCAAGCACUCUGUGGUAUCUAUGCACUUUCAAUCCUGGGAAAGCAUCUUGGGGAUUUCCUGUCCACUGGUUGCAUCAAACCUAAGCAAGCUUCCCUUGCAAAUGAUCUCCUCAGAUCUUUAUUUUCCAAGGUACGUCCAAAUGCAAUUGCUCUUGUUGAUGCAUUCAACUACACGGAUCACUUCCUUGGUUCAGUCUUGGGGCGGUACGAUGGGAACGUGUAUCCAAAGCUCUAUGAAGAAGCAUGGAAGGAUCCUUUCAAUGAAUCAGCUGUCCCUGAAGGUUUCCAUGAGUAUGUUCGACCUAUUCUGAAGCGACAGGUCCGGAGUUCCCGGCUCUAAAAGGGAUCCUGUGUUGUUGUAUGUGAAAAUUAAAGGUCAAGAAUAGGGUAAUAAAGUUCCUGAAUAACAAAGAAAAAGGAACAUACUAGAGAAGGGGAAAGGUGCUGCAAUAUAUUGACAUGUUGCCUAUUCUAAUUUGUUGCUUAGACAGUUAAAAUUACGUGUAAUUAAAUUCAUAAAGAAAUAUUUGGUUCUCUUGUUCUUGGCAAACUCUUCUAUGAGAUGGUGUCAAGAUAAUUUAUUGUGAAACCUGCAGACAUUGCAUCUUUCCAUUUU